AUGGCAGCACGGCUGCUCGCACCACCAGGCCCUGAUAGUUUUAAACCCUUCACUCCGGAGUCUCUGGCUAACAUUGAGAAACACAUUGCAGAAUUAAAAAAGAAGCAGCGUCCAAAGCAAGACAGCAGCCACCGGGAUGACGAUGAGGACAGCAAACCAAAACCAAACAGUGACCUUGAGGCGGGGAAGAAUUUGCCUUUCAUCUACGGGGACAUCCCAAAAGGCCUGGUUGCCGUACCACUGGAGGACUUUGACCCUUAUUAUAUGACCCAGAAAACCUUUGUAGUACUAAACAGAGGGAAAACACUCUUCCGAUUUAGUGCCACACCUGCCUUGUACAUUUUAAGUCCUUUUAAUCUGUUUAGAAGAAUAGCUAUUAAAAUUUUGAUACAUUCAGUAUUUAGCAUGAUCAUUAUGUGCACUAUUUUGACCAACUGUGUGUUCAUGACUUUUAGUAACCCACCUGAAUGGUCGAAGAAUGUGGAGUAUACAUUCACUGGUAUUUAUACAUUUGAAUCACUUGUGAAAAUUAUUGCAAGAGGUUUCUGUAUAGAUGGCUUUACUUUCCUACGUGAUCCAUGGAACUGGCUAGAUUUCAGUGUGAUCAUGAUGGCAUAUGUCACAGAGUUUGUGGACCUUGGGAAUGUCUCAGCAUUGAGAACUUUCAGAGUUCUCCGAGCUUUGAAAACUAUCUCUGUUAUUCCAGGCUUGAAGACCAUUGUGGGUGCCCUAAUUCAGUCUGUGAAGAAGCUGUCGGAUGUAAUGAUCUUGACAGUAUUUUGUCUCAGUGUCUUUGCUCUGAUCGGGUUGCAGCUGUUUAUGGGCAAUUUAAGGAACAAGUGUGUGAUAUGGCCAAUUAAUGUGAAUGAGACUUUCCUGGAUAACGGCUCUAGGGGCUUUGACUGGGAGGAAUACACCAACAAUAUGUCAAAUUUUUACAUAAUUCCUGGUGCCCCUGAUCCUUUGCUCUGUGGUAACAGCUCAGAUGCAGGUCAAUGUCCGGAGGGUUACACGUGCAUGAAAGCGGGACGGAACCCGAACUAUGGUUACACAAGCUUUGACACUUUCAGCUGGGCUUUUCUGGCUUUAUUUCGCCUUAUGACUCAGGACUUUUGGGAAAACUUGUAUCAGUUAACCUUACGAGCAGCAGGAAAAACCUACAUGAUCUUCUUUGUCUUGGUGAUCUUUGUGGGAUCGUUCUAUCUGGUUAAUCUAAUUUUGGCUGUGGUAGCUAUGGCUUAUGAAGAGCAGAACCAGGCCACGCUGGAGGAGGCAGAGCAGAAGGAGGCAGAAUUUAAGGCCAUGUUAGAACAAUUGAAAAAGCAGCAGGAAGAAGCACAGGCUGCUGCUAUGGUCACUUCGGCAGGGACAGUCUCUGAAGAUGCUGUGGAAGAUGAUGGUGGGGGGAGGAUGUCUCGGAGCUCUUCAGAGAUUUCCAAACUCAGUUCCAAGAGUGCCAAGGAGCGUCGAAACAGGAGGAAAAAACGAAAGGACAAGGAACUGUCAGAAGGAGAUGAGAAGUGUGACAAUGAAAAGGUGUUCAAGUCCGAAUCGGAGGAUGGCAUGAGGAGGAAAGCAUUCAGGCUACCAGAUAACAGGCUAGGAAGGAAGUUUUCCAUCAUGAACCAGUCUCUCCUCAGUAUCCCAGGCUCCCCUUUUCUCUCCCGACACAAUAGCAAGAGCAGCAUCUUCAGCUACAAAGGGCGAUUUCGUGACCCGGGUUCAGAGAACGAGUUUGCCGAUGACGAGCACAGCACAGUGGAGGAAAGCGAAGGCAGGAGAGACUCCCUCUUCAUCCCCAUCCGCGGUCGCGAUCGAAGGAGCAGCUACAGUGGCUACAGCGGCUACAGCCAAGGCAGCCGGUCCUCGCGGAUUUUCCCCAACCUCCGCCGAAACGUGAAGAGGAACAGCACGGUGGAUUGUAACGGCGUGGUGUCCCUCAUCGGUGGCCCACCUUCCAGCAUGCCUGGGGGACGCCUUCUGCCUGAGGUGAAAAUAGAUAAGGCAGCUACCGAUGACAGUGGUACUACUGAAAUCGAAAUUAGAAAGAAACCUGGUGGGUCUCUCUUGGUCUCGAUGGAUCAGGUGAACGCAUCCUAUGGAAGAAAGGAUCGAACCAACAGUGUAAUGACCGGGUUGACAAAUACCCUUGUUGAGGAGCUGGAAGAAUCCCAGAGGAAAUGUCCCCCUUGCUGGUACAAAUUUGCCAACACGUUCUUGAUCUGGGAAUGCCACCCAUACUGGAUCAAGCUGAAGGAGAUAGUGAACUUAAUUGUCAUGGAUCCUUUUGUUGACUUGGCCAUCACCAUCUGUAUUGUGCUGAACACUUUGUUCAUGGCAAUGGAGCACCAUCCUAUGACCCCAGAGUUUGAACAUGUGCUCUCCGUAGGAAAUCUGGUUUUCACUGGAAUUUUCACAGCAGAAAUGUUCCUGAAGCUCAUUGCCAUGGAUCCCUACUAUUAUUUCCAAGAAGGCUGGAACAUCUUUGAUGGAUUUAUUGUCUCCCUCAGUUUAAUGGAACUGGGUCUAGCAGAUGUGGAAGGACUUUCUGUGCUGCGAUCUUUCCGAUUGCUGAGAGUCUUCAAACUGGCCAAGUCCUGGCCCACUCUGAACAUGCUGAUAAAAAUCAUCGGUAACUCAGUGGGUGCUUUGGGGAACUUGACCUUGGUGCUAGCCAUCAUCGUGUUCAUCUUUGCUGUGGUGGGCAUGCAGCUCUUCGGCAAAAGCUACAAGGAGUGUGUCUGCAAGAUCAAUCCGGAGUGUGAGCUACCCCGCUGGCACAUGCACGAUUUCUUCCACUCCUUCCUUAUUGUCUUCCGUGUGUUGUGUGGGGAAUGGAUUGAGACCAUGUGGGAUUGUAUGGAAGUAGCAGGACAGGCCAUGUGCUUGAUUGUCUUCAUGAUGGUCAUGGUCAUCGGAAAUUUAGUGGUGCUGAACCUGUUCUUAGCCUUGCUACUGAGCUCCUUCAGCGCAGACAACUUAGCAGCCACAGAUGAUGACGGGGAGAUGAACAACCUGCAGAUUUCUGUUAUUCGCAUCAAGAAGGGCAUUGCCUGGACCAAAGCAAAAGUGCGUGAGUUCAUGCAGGCUCAUUUCAAGCAGAGAGAGGCAGAUGAGGUCAAACCCUUGGAUGAAUUGUACGACAAGAAGGUGAACUGCAUCGCUAACCAUACAGGGGCUGAUAUCAACAGAGACAUUGAUUAUCAGAAGAAUGGCAAUGGGACAACGAGCGGAAUUGGGAGCAGUGUGGAGAAGUACAUAAUAGAUGAAGAUCACAUGUCCUUCAUCAAUAACCCCAAUCUCACCGUCCGGGUGCCUAUUGCUGUAGGUGAAUCAGAUUUUGAAAAUCUCAACACAGAAGAUUUCAGCAGUGAUACAGAUCCUGAUGGCAGCAAAGAGAAACUUGAUGAUACCAGCUCCUCUGAAGGUAGCACCAUUGAUAUAAAGCCUGAAGUAGAAGAAGUCCCUGUGGAGGCACCAGAGGAGUAUCUGGACCCAGACGCAUGCUUCACAGAAGGUUGUAUGCAGCGCUGUAAAUGUUGUCAGGUCAAUAUUGAGGAAGGGCUGGGGAAGUCUUGGUGGACCUUGAGGAAGACUUGUUUUCUGAUUGUGGAACAUAACUGGUUUGAGACUUUCAUCAUCUUUAUGAUCCUGCUGAGCAGUGGUGCUCUGGCUUUUGAGGAUAUUUACAUAGAACAGAGAAAAACCAUCCGGACCAUCCUGGAGUAUGCAGACAAGGUCUUCACUUACAUUUUCAUCCUGGAGAUGUUGCUGAAAUGGUGUGCUUACGGAUUCGUCAAGUUCUUCACUAACGCCUGGUGCUGGCUGGAUUUCCUCAUUGUGGCUGUCUCUUUAGUCAGCCUUAUAGCUAAUGCCCUGGGCUACUCGGAACUAGGUGCCAUAAAGUCCCUUAGGACACUAAGAGCUUUGAGGCCUUUAAGAGCGUUGUCCCGAUUUGAGGGGAUGAGGGUGGUUGUCAACGCCUUGGUUGGCGCUAUCCCUUCCAUUAUGAAUGUGUUGUUGGUCUGCCUUAUCUUCUGGCUGAUUUUCAGCAUUAUGGGGGUUAACCUGUUUGCCGGGAAAUAUCAUUACUGCUUUAACGAAACAGCUGAGGAGCGCUUUGAAAUAGAUAUUGUUAACAACAAGACAGACUGCGAAGCACUGAUGCCGCCCAACUCCACUGAGAUCCGAUGGAAGAAUGUGAAAAUUAACUUUGACAACGUUGGGGCAGGAUAUCUGGCUCUUCUGCAAGUUGCUACUUUCAAGGGCUGGAUGGACAUCAUGUAUGCAGCAGUAGAUUCCAGAAAGCAAGAAGAGCAACCCAAGUAUGAGGACAACAUUUACAUGUACAUAUACUUUGUUAUCUUCAUUAUCUUCGGCUCCUUUUUCACCCUGAACUUGUUCAUUGGUGUCAUCAUUGACAACUUCAAUCAACAAAAGAAAAAGUUUGGAGGUCAAGAUAUUUUCAUGACAGAAGAACAAAAGAAGUACUAUAAUGCCAUGAAAAAACUGGGCUCGAAGAAGCCUCAAAAACCUAUUCCCCGACCUCUGAACCGCAUUCAAGGAGCUGUCUUUGACUUUGUCACUCAGCAAGCAUUUGAUAUAGUCAUCAUGAUGCUCAUUUGCCUCAACAUGGUGACCAUGAUGGUGGAGACGGACACACAAAGCAAGCAGAUGGAGGACAUCCUUUACUGGAUCAACCUGGUGUUUGUCAUCUUCUUCACCUGUGAGUGUGUGCUGAAGAUGUUCGCCUUGCGGCACUAUUAUUUCACCAUCGGGUGGAACAUUUUUGACUUCGUGGUUGUGAUUCUGUCCAUCGUGGGAAUGUUCCUGGCUGAAAUCAUUGAGAAGUAUUUUGUUUCGCCCACUCUCUUCCGAGUCAUCCGACUGGCUCGCAUUGGACGUAUCCUGCGUUUGAUCAAAGGAGCCAAAGGAAUCCGCACCUUGCUUUUUGCCUUAAUGAUGUCCUUGCCUGCCUUGUUCAACAUUGGCCUCUUGCUGUUCUUGGUCAUGUUCAUCUUCUCCAUUUUUGGCAUGUCGAACUUUGCCUACGUCAAGCAUGAGGCUGGCAUAGAUGAUAUGUUCAACUUUGAGACCUUUGGCAACAGCAUGAUCUGCUUGUUCCAGAUCACCACGUCAGCUGGUUGGGAUGGCCUGCUGCUGCCAAUCCUAAACCGGCCUCCAGACUGCGACCUAGACAAGGAGCACCCCGGGAGUGGUUUUAAGGGGGAUUGUGGGAACCCUUCGGUGGGGAUAUUUUUCUUUGUGAGUUACAUCAUCAUCUCCUUCCUGAUCGUGGUCAACAUGUACAUUGCCAUCAUCCUGGAGAACUUCAGUGUGGCGACAGAGGAGAGUGCAGACCCACUGAGUGAGGACGACUUUGAGACCUUCUACGAGAUCUGGGAAAAGUUCGACCCCGAUGCCACGCAGUUCAUAGAGUACAGCAAGCUCGCAGACUUUGCUGAUGCUUUGGAACAUCCUCUCCGCGUCCCAAAACCCAACACCAUUGAACUCAUUGCCAUGGACCUGCCUAUGGUAAGUGGAGACAGGAUCCACUGUUUAGACAUCCUGUUUGCCUUCACCAAACGUGUCCUGGGGGACAGUGGAGAGCUGGAUAUACUGAGACAACAGAUGGAGGAACGAUUUGUGGCGUCCAACCCUUCCAAAGUGUCUUAUGAGCCUAUCACAACUACGCUCCGGCGUAAGCAGGAAGAAGUUUCAGCAGUGGUUAUCCAGAGGGCUUACAGGGCUCGCUUAGCAAGGCGGGGCUUUAUUAGCCGAAGGGCUGUCUCCACAAAACUCGAAAACGGAGGAGCAAACAGGGAGAAAAAAGAAGGCACCCCAUCUACUGCAUCUCUCCCAUCAUAUGACAGCGUUACCAAACCGGAGAAGGAGAAACAGCAACGGGCAGAGGAAGGAAGGCGAGAAAGAGCGAAAAGACAAAAAGACGUCAGGGAAUCCAAGUGUUGAGACAAAAUAAUAGAAUUGUACAAAUUAAAAUAUUUGCAAGUGAAAAGAUUGUUUACAGACUUCAUGAAAUAUAUCAAUACAGAACAGCUGUGGAGACACUUACCUGAAGAUCUUAUACCAAACAUAGUCUGCUUACUGUGUGACAGCGUUGCAUCUAAAGCAGUGACCUACCACCUGUUUAAAGGACCCUUGUAAACAAACAUUUAAACACAAAAGAGGAAAAAAAACGGAUUUUCUAUUGUUUGGGCAGGUGGAUACUGCAUGUUCCACAUCAGUCAAUGCAACUUAGGACAAACAAGCAAAAUAAAACACACACACA